AUGAGAGCUGCAAAGUCAUUCAGAAAUGAGGAGUUGUCCUCCGCUCCCGCCACCACCACUGUUGGCACCCUCACCUCCCGGGUGACCAGGAAUGGGGAUGUCGUCAUGGAGAAAGACUCACUCAAUCAUGAGGACUUGGCAGGAGAUCGGGGCAUGAUAGACGAUAUCUUUGAUGAGACCUACCGUGAGAAGGAGGGCCCCAAACCUCCACUGCAAUACGUCUGGAGGAAUAUCAUCCUCAUGAGCCUGUUGCAUUUAGGGGGCAUAUUUGGGUUGGUGCUGAUACCUUAUGCAAAGAUCCAGACUUUGGCAUGGGGGGUCCUCUGCUUAGCAGGCUUGUGCAUUACUGCCAGUAGUCAUAACCUCUGGAGCCAUCGGUCCUACAAAGCCACGCUGCCCCUGCGGAUCUUCUUGACUAUUGCAAACUCCCUGGCCUUCCAGAAUGACAUCUACGAGUGGGUCCGAGACCACCGUGUCCACCACAAGUUCUCCGAGACAGAUGCGGACCCUCACAAUGCCAUGCGGGGCUUCUUCUUCUCCCACAUCGGCUGGCUGCUGGUACGCAAGCAUCCUGAUGUCAUAGAGAAGGGCCAGAAACUCGACCUGAGCGACGUCAAGGCUGACAAAGUGGUGAUGUUCCAACGGAGGUACUACAAGCCCUCAGUGGUGCUGCUAUGCUUCACGUUGCCCACUGUAGUGCCCUGGUACUUCUGGGAGGAAUCCCUCAUCAUCAGCUUCUUCAUUCCGGCCAUCCUGCGCUACGUCAUAGGGCUCAAUGCCACCUGGCUAGUGAACAGCGCUGCUCACAUGUUUGGCAACCGGCCAUAUGAUCGGUACAUCAGCCCACGAGAGAACCCCCUGGUCAGCCUGGGGGCCCUAGGAGAAGGCUUCCACAACUACCACCACACCUUCCCCUACGACUAUUCCACUAGUGAGUUUGGCUGGCGCUUCAAUUUAACAACAGCCUUUAUUGACCUCAUGUGCUUCCUGGGGCUGGCCAGUGAUCGCAAGAAGGUCUCCAAGGAGGUCAUCCUGGCUCGGAAAAUGCGGACUGGAGAUGGGAGUCACAAAAGUGGCUGAGUUCCUGUUCCCCUGCACACACACAUCCAUACCUCUCCUUCCUCCCUUUUUCUUCCUUUCUCCCUUCCUGACCCCUCUGAACACGCUGGACAAAGAUUUAAUGUUCUGUUUACUAACUACUGAAUAAUGAUACCAGUUUGCUUAAGAUAAUGAUAAUGAGUUUUAACCCCCUCCCACACUGUAUUUUAUGUGAUGUAUUUAAGACCUAGAACUCUGCCUUUAUAAUGCAAGGCCACCCCUUUCCGUCCUUUCUUUUUCCUUUUUGCUAUUCUUUUCUUUUUGUCUCUAUCCCUUCUAUCCCCUCUAUCCCCUCUUUCUCUUUACUUGUGUACCUGUCUCUCCCUGGCAGAGGAGCUGGUAGAAAGUAGCCUAGGGUAUCCCCAUUGCAGCAGGCUAAAUAAUAUGGAGUUAGGGGAAUUCUGUACCAGCCAGCUGAAGAGUUGAGCCAAAGUCAGUGAUUUCUUCCCCCGACCUACCCCCAGAAACUCCCUCCUCUCCUUCCUCUGUCCCUCCUCCUUUCUUAAGGGCUGCUGACACUUGGUAUCACUAAACUGCUUUCUCUGGGAAAAGCAGCCCCAUCCCCUUCCCUUGCCAUCAGAAAGAGAGAGCAUGAAGUUGUCUCUCCGCCUUGCACCUCACUGCGGUGAGCCUCUCUGGCUCGCGCAGGUGGAGAACAGGCCAGGGGAAGCUGGGGCUUCCAGCUGGGGCCCCAGAAGUCUCUGGAGGGCUCCAGGCAGGUCCAUCAGUCGGCCACAAGGAAUGGCUGUAGCUGACAGCACUGGAGACAGGGAGCCUCCAUGGCCUUAUUGUCUCCUUGGUCUGGCAUCACAACCUCCCUCCUGUCACCAGCCUGCUGUGCCUCAGGGCUGCGGCUGCCUGCAGAGACUGGACGCAGAGCCGGGUGCUGGACUCCAUGUGCGCCUUUGGAAAGCUGUGGAGAGAAGGGCUGCACUGGGAGACAGAGGGCUGUGCCACCUGAUGCUAUGGGACUGGACUGGCCUGAGGUGGUUUUGUUUGGAUGCCAUCGAGAUUUGGCCCGCAAAUGGGACUUUGCCAAAAUGGAGGGAGGGAGAAAGAUGUAAACCAAAGCUCCACCACUGUGUUAAGCUGCUUGAUGUGCUAGAAGAGCAGGGUUCCCGCUGCAUGGCAAGCGGAUGUCCUUGUGUCCGUGUGCGUCCUGUGGACUCCCUGGUACCGAGCACAAAGCAGGAGGGGCAGCUGGCACCGCCUCUAAGCAGCUGGGGUGGCGAGGGACAGCCUAGAAACGCAGCAAGGAGGUGAGGGUAUCUCAGAGGGUUGAGCAAGCUGGUCUCUCUGUCCACAUGGGCUCCACUCUGUCGAUUAACAAGUGCCUACCAAAAACUGACAUAGAACCAGGUGGCACCGAGGGCUUGAGGGAAUCGAGGCCUCCUGGGCAAGAUGCUAGUCCCAGCAUGUGCCACCUCCAUAAUGAGAUGGGGCCAGACCAAGAGAGGAGUUGGGAAUGAGUUGUUUUCCUGCCUGUGGUCUACCGAGGUGGUUUGCAGUUGGAAAGGCUCCAGAGAUAGCAUGGGACUGGGGAGAGGGAGGGAGAGAGUGGCUCCUUGUUAGGCCCUUAGCUUGCCUCUGCGGGUUGGUGCCUGAGGUGCCCCACCGGUGCUGGAGCAGCAGCAGUGCAUGCUGGCCCCCACAUAGCUCACAGCGCAGCGGAGAGCCGCCCAACAAGGAAUGGCUGCUGCCUUGCUUCCUAGCUUGGCAAGUACACCGUUUGCCCAUGACAGCACACAGCGAGGGUGGCUGAGUUGCUUAAAGGUUGGUGACAUCACCCAAGGCCCUGAGACAUUAUGAGCAUGCAGUCGAAGGGUAUGUUGGAUUAAAAAAAAAAUCCUUGGGGGCAUUGUUUCCUGCAAGCUGCAGAGACCACAGCUUGAGUUCAGGCGGAGGGUUAAGUUCUGGGUGUAGCGGUCCCGAGCCCCUCCCCAGACUGAACAAGCUUUUUUCCCCCCAUUAUUUUUUUUUAUUAUUAUUAUUAUUAUUAGUCGUAGCAAUAGUAUAAUUUUUUUGUUGCUUAAAUGCAUCAAACGGAGCUGGAGGAAAGCACAAGAGGUGGCCAAGGGUGGCUGGAAAGAGUUGGUGUUGGAGUGGGGCUUGUAGCGUUUCCCCUAUCCGGACAGGCCAGGGAAGGCAGAGGCAAAGCAGAUGCCGACUUCCUCAUCCUCAGCUGUGCCACGUCACAUCCAGGCAAGCUUUGUGGGAGUGAGUCUCCACAGCUCUGCCUUCUUCUGCUGCUGGGAAAUGCCCCAGGAGCCAGGACGGCUCUGUGAUACUCUCCUUGACAGAACACGCUUGUUGCUGAGAAGUCCUUCUCCUUUCCUUUUCCCUCCCAUGAUUUCAGAGGGGUUUAGACAGGAAGUCCCCAGAGAGGAUGAAUUUGCUCCAUCCAGGAAUUUGAAAGGCUGGUGGGGAGGGGAGAAGGUGAGGAGAACAAUUUCCCUGCUCCUGGUGCCCUUAAUGUGUUGUGUGACAUACCCUAUGGCAGAGAAGUGUGCCAUGACAUGCUGCAAUAUUUCACAUCCUCUCAGCAGAGAAGCAGGGUUUGACAUCAAGGGUUCCCUUCAAAUUUCAAGUGCUUAUUUGGGUCCAGAGAUCUGGAAUUAGGGUGGAAGCUGAGGAGCAGUAACCAAACAGUCCUGGUGUUUGCCCAGUCACUUUAAAGGUAGAUUGGCAAAUAUCUCUGGGUGCCUUAAAUCUUUCUUUAAUAUACAUAGGAGUGUUGACAGCUAUUUGCGGUAACUUUUUUUCUUUUUUGCUGAAUUUUAAACAUUUGAGGGGUUUCUUAAUUAUUUAAUUGCCUACAUUGAACUGUGGGUGCAGGUGAUUUUGAAUGUACUUGAGUUAGAAUUUUUGUUAGAUUAAGA